UUAUUUUUUUGCUUUUAAUCCCUUGCUCUUAUUCAUAACUAAAGAAAAUAAUGGCCUAGAUCCCGGGGAUAGAAGCAAUUCUUUUCCCCUAAUUCAUUAGGUUCCGUAUCAUAUAUGUUGAGGACGAAAAUGUCUCACUCUUGCCUCUACCCUUGCCUUUGUUUACCUCUUUUAGAUGGCUGAAAAUAAAAUUAAGUGAUUCUCUUUUGUAUUAAAAUUUUACCUGUUAAGUAUGACUCCUAUUUCAGUCAAAUUUGAGAAAUAAUCUUUUAAUUAAACUCUGUUUAUUUGUUUCAAUCAAAUACUGAUUAGUUUAGAUUAUUUUAUUAUUAUUUGACAUAUGAAUUUAGCCUAUAAAUAGAUUCUUUUACAACCUUAUAAAAUACACCCAUUAGAUAUUAGAACUUAAAACACAUUUAGAGAAUUUUGUGUUUACGUUUUGAGGGUUCUUUGUUUUCGGGUUUCUGGGGUUUAGUUUUUAUCUCCAUCUUUUUGUACUCUUCAUUUCUUUUGCCAUUAUAGUAAAAUUAUCUUUUCCCAUAGUUUUUUAUCCUCUUUGGAGGAGUUUUUCCACGUUAAAUUUGUGUGUUCAAUUUCUUCUGUUAUUUUUACUUGUUUCUUGCUUAAUCGGGUCAAUCUCUAACAAGUGGUAUCAGAGCUAGUUUAAUUUUUGAAAAUUAGCUCAUUCAGAUAUGGCAGCAAUAAGGUUUAAAAUUGAGAAGUUCGAUGGUGAGAUAAAUUUCAAUCUAUGGUAAGUUCGGAUGAUGACAAUUCUAGUUCACUCCGAUUUUAAAAAGGUUGUUACGGGGAAAAAAACCUGAGAAUCUAAAUAAAACAGAAUGGGAAAAGCUUGAUGAAAAGGCUUUGUCUGCAAUCCAAUUGUGCCUCGCGAAUACGGUAUUACAGGAGGUAUUAAUGGAGAAGACCUCAUCUGCCUUGUGGAAAAGGUUAGAAACUCUUUAUGCAACUAAGUCUCUGGUUAACCGUUUAGUGUUGAAACAACAUCUAUUUACGUUUCGCAUGAACGAAGGUGAGCUUCUUAGAGAUCACAUCAGUCAAUUCAUUACUCUUUUAAAUGAUUUAAAGAACGUUGAGGUUCAUAUUGAUGAUGAAGAUCAAGCUAUGCUAUUAUUGUGCUCUUUACCCUCUUCAUACAAGUAUUUCAAGGAGACCCUGAUUUAUGAUAGAGACAAACUCUCGUUUGAAGAUGUGAAGGGUCAUUUGUUGAGUAGAGACAAACUCGACAAUGAGCUUCAUUUGGAUAGCAAGGCAGAUAGGCAAGCUUCUGUUUGGAUAGCAUCAAAGAAACGUGACAAAAGGUGUCGUUAUUGUAAAAAGUUAGGUCACGUCAAAGCAGAUUGUUAUAAAUUGCGAAAUAAAAGAGCUGUUGAGAGUAACGAGGAAGAUGUAGCUGGUGCUAAUUUGGCCGAUGAAAGCGGUGAUGAUUUCUUGUUAGUGUCAACGAGCGAUAACUCCAAGCUCACGUCCGAGUGGAUCCUAGAUUCGGGAUGUUCUUUCCACAUGUGUCCCAAUAGAGAAUGGUUCUCUACAUACAGUUCGGUUAAAGGUGGAGUUGUCCGCAUGAAAAACGAUUCAUCUAGUAAGGUAAUUGGUAUUGGUACUGUUAAAAUUAGGAUACACGAUGGGACGAUUAGGACACUCUCAGAUGUCAGGUAUGUACCUGAUUUAUGAAAGAAUCUCAUCUCCUUGAGUAUUUUAGACUUAAAAGGAUGUAGAAUCAACAUCGAGUCGAGUGGCAUUAAAGUAUCUCGUGGAGCUCUCAUUUUGUUAAAAGGUAAAAGUACUGGCAGUCUUUAUAUUCUGGAAGGUUCUACAGUGACUGGUGAAAUCGAAUGUCCCUCAUCCGUUAUAGAGUCGAAGUCAACUCGUUUGGAGCGGAGGCAAUUUGGUCAUAGGAGGGAAAAAUGUAUGACCGUUUCAUUGAAGAAAGGUUCUCUUUUGGAUGCAGGUUUUGAAAAGUUAGGGCAUUGUGUUCGUGAAAAUCAGACCCAGGCUAGUUUUUAUUUGGCAGUGUACAAGUCGAAUGCUAGAAGUCUUCCAGUUUCUAAGCACAAAUUCGACUCAGUUAGUUCCCUGCAUAGUUCAAGAUAGGCUCGUGGCGAGCUUUGGCAAAGAUGGCGUUGUAAAAAUAUGAGUCCACGUGGAGAUUUGUUAAGCACACUGUGGAUUUCUGCGAAAUGGCGGUGCUAACAUGAAUCUUGUAGAUAUUGAAUAUGUCAAGAAAUGUAGGUUUGUGGUUGCAUCUGGGACUUUUGAUGGAUAUGAUGUACCUCAUCAACCAUCAAAUAUAAGUAUUCGUUCUAAGAAGCUCUUCUGUUUUCUGGUGGUUGUUGAUGAAGUAUCUCUCAAGUUUAUUAAAAAGAAUGUGACCGUCAGGAAAGAUAGAGAUGAGGGGAUGUGGGUAGGCAUAUGGCAGCUUAUCCCAUUGAAGCAUCUACCUUAUGAUGAGCCUAGAAGGAAAGGGAAGGUUCCCAAAAUUUUAACCCACAGGUUAUUCCCUGAAGCACAGUACAGCAUAUGGAUUGAUGGUAAAAUGGAGCUGAUAGUUGAUCCAUUGCUUAUUCUCGAAAGAUACUUAUGGCAUGAAAAACAUACUUAUGCGAUUGCUCAGCACAAACAUCAUAGGAGUAUAUAUGAGGAGGCUGAUGCAAACAAACGGAGAAAGCGAUAUGCCAGACUUCUUAUUGAUCUGCAGAUGAAUAUAUAUUACUAUGAGGGAAUGGAGCCAUGGAGUUUGAAGAAAAAUACUAUUAGUGACGUGCCUGAGGGAGCCAUAAUUAUAAGGGAACAUACUGCUCUGAGUAAUUUGUUCAAUUGCUUGUGGUUCAACGAGGUCUAUCUCUUCACACCAAGAGACCAGCUUAGCUUUGGCUACAUUGUUUACAGGUUAAGGGGCUUGUUUAAGUUCUUUAUGUUUCAGAAUUGCGAGUACAAUUCACUAUUUGUCUUGCACCUGCAUACUCGAGAGCAUUCUUCUAAAGUAGAGUGGAUUAAAAGUUUGAGCGAAUUUAAGGGAAAUGGUAGUAGCAUGAAAGAGAGUCGAGGCGGAUUUGGCUUGUGGACUCCCUAUCCAAAGAAUCUUGAUUCCGUUAUCCUCCCACCAGUGGUAAGAACAUCAAAAGCAGGCUGAUGUUUCUCAUUAGCUAGUUAUUCUUAAUCAUCUUUCGAAUUUGAAACAAUUAUCGAAUGAGUUCUUUUAUGGAUCCAUCCCUGCUUAACAUGGAUGCUCUUGUAAACUACUGUAUAUAGUAGAUGGAAAACAAAGAAAGUUGCAUCCUGAAUAUGAUUUGUCUCGAAGUUAGCUGUUA